AUGGCCGAUCAAGACGAUCUCAGUGGAAAGAGCAUGGAAGCAAUCGAAAAUGGAGACGAACAGUUAGGUGAGAACGGUGAUGCUGACGGUGCCACUGGUCAUGUUGAAGAUCAAGAAUUAGAAGCCAUUAAAGCUAGAGUUCGUGAAAUGGAAGAAGAAGCUGAAAAAUUGAAACAAAUGCAGACUGAAGUUGAUAAGCAGAUGAAUCUUGGCAGCCCGCCAUCCACGAUACCAGGUGGGUUGAAUUUAUCAUUUGAAGAAAAGGUAGAAGUGGACAACCGGUCCAUUUAUGUAGGAAAUGUAGAUUAUGGUGCUACUGCUGAAGAAUUGGAAUCACAUUUCCAUGGGUGUGGGUCUAUUAAUCGAGUUACAAUUCUAUGUAAUAAGUUUGAUGGUCAUCCUAAGGGCUUUGCUUACAUUGAAUUUGCUGACAAAGAUUCUGUUCAAACAGCCAUGGCAAUGGAUGAGUCAUUAUUCCGAGGCAGGCAAAUUAAGGUUAAUCCUAAGAGAACUAACCGUCCUGGAUUGAGUACAACAAACAGAGGAUUUCGGGGCGCUCGAGGAAGAAGCAGGUAUGCACGAGGAGCUUUCUAUGGUUUCACCAGAUCGAGGAGAGCAAGAGUUUUCCGUCGACCUUAUUAUAUGCCAUACUGA